UUUGUUUUAUUUUCAGGUACUGGUGCAUUAGAUGAGCGGAAAUCUGGACAGGUCGACUGGCGAGGUGGUGCAGACGGUUGCUGGUGGACUUCAGUUCAGCCUUAUAAAAGGCACAGAUCCUAUAGGUGGCUCUAUGGCCAUCUCCGCAGUUGCCACACUUUGGAGAUUGGCCAUCAGGAGAGGCGCAUUUGUCGGAUUUGUGCUGGCCAGCACAGACGGAGCAGAGCGGGGGAAGGCAGCAGUACCUGGCUGUAUGGCCAAAGAGGAGGCAGUUUUUGCAUUGCGGAAUCUCCCUUCGGCCCCUUUGCCUCUCGACGCGUACCUCCUGGCUGCCUAGGACCUUAAUUUUAAGUAUUUCAUCAUGUUUAUUGUCAUUAUGUUUGUUAAUUUCAAUUAAAAAGACAUUCAUUGGCCUCUUAGUUCUGUAGUUUGUUAGUCUUUUGAUG